CGCCCACUAAACAAGGAUUGUACUACUACACUAACCUCCAGGGUUUGGAAAGUUUCAACGAUCAAUGUUCAAUGACUUUCACCUUUGGUCCUUUCCAAGUUCCAAGUUGUAUGUCGAUAGUAGUGUAUUCGUAUGUACAUAAUCACCAGCUGGUAAAUGAUCGAUACCAACUUGAAUCACUUAUAUCGUAACCGCAACUACACGGCAUUGAGGGCUACUAUGCCCAUCGCCAACCCGUCGCAAUGGCUUCUUCACAUCGAAUAACCAGGCGUUUAUUCACCUCACCAACUAACAACCCAUUAUUUGCCUCUAAACGAAUUCCAACAACACAGCAUCUACAGCUUUAUACCCGAACUGCUACUCGCCAUGCUUCCUCUUCAGCCGCCUCCUCAUCCACGUCUUCUACAAAUUCCUCCACGGGUUCAGGGUUAAGAACGCUCUUCUACACGACUUCGCUCGCAGUAUCCGGCUACGUAGUCUUCGUCUACGCCACCGACACCCGCGCAUUCGUCCACCGCUAUGUCGUGCCGCGGGCGCUGCGUUUCCUGUACCCGGACGCCGAGGAAGCGCACAACGUCUCCGUAUCCGCCAUGAAGAACCUGUACAACAUUGGCUUCCACCCGCGUGAGCGAUUCUCCUCCUCCUCAUCCGCCGGCCCAGAUAUAUCCAUCUCCGUGUUCGGCUCCCGGCUCGCCAAUCCCAUCGGCAUAUCCGCCGGCCUCGACAAGCACGCCGACAUCCCCGACGCCCUGUUUGCCCUCGGCGCCGCCGUUGUCGAGGUAGGCGGGUGCACGCCCCGCCCGCAGGAGGGCAACCCCAAGCCCCGCAUGUUCCGCAUCCCGACGCUCGACGGCCUGAUCAACCGGUACGGGCUGAACUCGCGGGGCGCCGACGACAUGGCGAUGCGGCUGCGGGAACGUGUGAGGCGGUACGCGAAGACGGUCGGCCUGGACGAAGCAAGGGUGCUGAACGGCGAGGCCAACGUGCCGCCGGGCAGCCUGUUGCCGGGGCGCCUGCUGCUGGUGCAGAUCGCGAAGAACAAGGAGACGGACGAGCGCGACGUCGAGGCCGUGAAGCGCGACUACGUGUACUGCGUGAGGCGGCUCGCGCCGUACGCGGAUGUCCUCGUCGUCAACGUUAGCAGCCCCAACACGCCCGGCCUGCGCGAUCUCCAGGCCGUCGAGCCCCUGACGCGGAUACUGAGCGCGGUGGUCGAUGAGGCGCAGAGGGCGGAGCGGAAGCAGAAGCCCAAGGUGAUGGUCAAGGUCUCGCCCGACGAGGAGGAGGAUACCCAGAUCGAGGGCAUCGUGCAGGCGGUGUGGUCGAGCGGCGUCGACGGCGUCAUCGUCGGGAACACCACGAAGAAGCGCACCGGGCUCAUCCCGCCCAGAAUCAGACUCACCUCCAAGGAGCAGGCCACCAUGACGGAGACGGGUGGAUACUCGGGCCCGAUGAUGUUCGACCGCACCGUGGACCUCGUCAGGCGGUACCGCAAGAUGCUGGACGGCCAGUCGUUCCGAUCCCCCCGGACGGAGAAGAUCGCUGCCGACGAGGCCGUGGAUGCGAGUAUCACGGCUCUCGAAGGCACCAUCACUGGGUUCUCCGAGACCGAGCUGAAGACUAGCUCCACCAAACCCACGUCCGAGCCCAAGGUCAUCUUUGCUACGGGCGGCAUCACGAACGGCCGUCAAGCCCUGGAGGUGCUGAAUGCGGGGGCUAGUAUUGCCAUGGUGUAUACGGGUCUAGUGUACGGUGGCGCGGGUACGAUUACGCGCAUGAAGAGCGAGAUGAAGGGGGAAGUGGGCGUGGGCGUGGGAAAGGGUAUUGAGGAGAAGGUAUUAUAGAAGAUACGUAAAAGUAAAAAUAAAAAAAGGGGGCAGGAAGGAAGUUUUCGUAUGAGAUUCGGUCUGUGGACAAGCACGCACGCACGAGCAUUUGUAUCAUCACCAUACCAAACCACGAUAGACAAAAUUCAUAGAUGAGGGGUGGCCCAAGUCAAGUCAACCUUGGAAGUUACUCAAACCAAAAAAAAAAGGGGGGAGAGAGAAAAGGGUCAUAAGCAUAGCAUGGCAUACGGUAGAGUUUACGUUAGAGAUAGAAGAACGACCAAACGAAAUUAUGAUG